CACAAUCCAUUUUCCCCCACUGCUUCUCUUCAUUCCUCUCCUCUUUCAUCUUGACUGGCUUCCACUCGCCAAAAACCGAAGCCUGGAGCAGGAGCAGCAGCUCAACCCCUGAAAAUCUAAAGCCUCUUUUCCCCCAUGGUUAUCGAGUUGAGUUGAGCAGAGCAGAAAUCUGCUUGGAAAGAGGGCAAAUUUGAAUUUUAUUAGCUGCCUUUAUACAAUUGAAUUCGAAAGUUAGACGAGAAGACUAGAAUACGCCACAUUUUCAGUCGGUGACGGGAAAAUGGAUGAUUAUGCAAGAGAAAUGAUGGACCUCAAGACCCUUGUCACUCGAACCCUAGAAAAGAAAGGCGUCCUCGCCAAGAUCCGAGCUGAACUGAGAGCAAGUGUUUUUGAGGCAAUUGAAGAGGAAGAUAGGGCCAUUGAGAAGGAUGAAGGUUUGCCUGCCGCACUGUUGGGUAGCUGCAAUGAGCGUGCUAAACAGCUCCAUAAUUCUCCUUCAGGAAGGCUACUAACUGCCCUAAUAUGUGAAUAUUUGGAUUGGGCUUCACUAAGCCACAGUCUGAAAGUUUACUUGCCAGAGUGCAAUUUGCCAAAGGAUUCUUGGAAAUCUGAAUUGAAAGAGUUCAGUAGCAAGAAUGGAUAUGAUAUUAACAGGAAUGGAGAUAGUGGUCCUUUGCUUUUAGAUGUUCUUGAAGGAUUUUUGAAGUACGAGAAUUUGUCUCAAGCGAGGGGUAUGGGAAGGAGACUAACCAUGCCAGAUGCAGAAUCUUUGUCCAGCUUAGAGACUAGAAAUACUAGGAGACCUUCUUCCUCAUCAGUAGCUGGUGGCAUACCUCCUUUGGGAAGGCCGCUUCCUUCUUCCCAGGCAUCUGAUAGAAGAGCUGGGACAUCCAUGUCUGGCUACAGGAAAGAUGAAUACAAUUGGAGAUAUGAUGGUGAUGAGCUCCCAGAAGAGGUUGUCCGUGCAUCAGCUGCCUUAGAGAACCUUCAGUUGGAUAGAAAAGCUCGGAACCUAACCUCAUCUUGGCGGCAUGCAGGUGAUGGAAUAUCUGAAGAUGAUGGCAGGACAGACCCGAUGUAGCUGCUAUGGUCUUUGAAUUACUUAAUAUUUUGGGUGGAUUUAUUCUUCAUCCAUCUGUAAUUUAGGUCAUGGGACGGGUAGUGUUGUGAUGUAAUGUAAUAGUAUUAUAUUAUAUACAUAUCUGUGCGUCCUCUGGUGAUUUGUGUGAUUUCUUUCUUCUUCCUGUUUUCCAA